AUGACCUUUAUGAACGUCGUAGUUAUCGAUGGAAAGGGCCAUCUCCUUGGACGCCUGGCCUCAAUUGUUGCCAAACAAAUUCUUUCCGGACAAAAGGUAGUCGUUGUCCGCUGCGAGGAGCUGAACAUGUCUGGCAGUUUUUAUCGCGCCAAGCUCAAGUAUAAGGAUUUCCUUCGCAAGCGAUGCAUCGUCAAUCCAACUCAUGGUGCUAUCCACUUUAGAGCACCAUCAAAGAUAUUCUGGAGAACCGUACGAGGAAUGGUUCCCCACAAAACGUCCCGUGGUGCUGCGGCCCUUGGCCGCUUGAAGGUCUUUGAGGGUAUUCCAACUCCCUUUGACACUCAAAAGCGAAUGGUUGUCCCAGCUGCCUUGCGUGCACUCCGUCUGAAGCCAGGUCGUGAAUUUUGUACACUUGGUAGAUUGUCUCAUGAGUUUGGAUGGAAGUACCAAUCUGUCCUUGCCACUUUUGAGGAGAAAAGAAAGGAGCAGGCCGCUACUUAUUAUGCCAAAAAGAAAGCUCAACUUGCAAAGGCUUCCUCUUGGCCUCUAUCUGCCAAGAACUCUGCAGCUGUAGCUUCUAUUGAUGCUGAACUUGCCACGCUCGGUUAUUAA